AUGAGCGCGGCCUGCAGUGGGCGGUUUUGCCCAAUCGGGUGCCGGGAAGCGCGGCCCGUCCCUGGAGGGGAGCCAAUAGAAGGCGACUCCGGCAACACACCCGCCCUGAUCCCCAGGAGCCUAGCGCUCCGAGCGCAGCUGCGGGAUCGGACCGCGUACGGAGCGAGUGGGUCUGGCCAGGCGGAGCAGCCGAGCGUGGAUCUGUUGGGGGACUACAGGACUGUACUAUGCUUCAAGUCUACUUCUUGUGGCGGCGGCGGCAGCUGCGGCGGCCGCUGCGAUGCUAAGAUCAAUGCCUCUCCCGCCUUCGAGUCGUUCUUGUUCUUCGAGUGCGAGAACAAGAUCAAGGCACCCGAUGCCUGUUUGUUCACCUCCAACAAGGAGGACCACGCGCUAGGAAACAUCAUCAGAUUGCAGCUGCUGAAGGUCCCCCAGGUGCUGUUUGCUGGCUACAAAGUCCCCCAUCCCUUGCAGCACAAGACCCUCAUCGUGUGCUGACCGCACGGGAUGCCAGCCUUCACCAAUGCCAUCACAGACCGCUUCCGUGAGCUCUUCCUGCUGGAAGAGCGCGUCCGACUGGCCAUCAGAGACAAGCAAGAAGGAAUUGAGUAG